AAUUUUUUCCAGAAAAGUUCGUAGGCCGACUGGAUUUGGAGAUGUUCAGAAAUAGACUAGUCCUAUUACAUUUACACCUGAACUCCCAGCAUAGCCCGAACCACACAAGAUCCCACCCGUUCGGUAUCAAAACCAAAGAGGUAGGCCCCAAAACUCCAAGAGAGGGAAAAAGCGAAAAAAAUGGGUGUCUUUCUCAUGAGUUUUCCCUCUUUAUUUCCUUCUCCAGAUUCUGCUUCCAUGCCUUUCUCAGCUAACAAAGCCAAUGCUAUUUCCUCAGUUUCUGGAUUGCACUCGAAAUCUACUGAUCUACUCUCAAAAUCUCUGACUGCUCUGUCCUUCAACUCUCCAAUGGCUGUUAAGGCAUUAGCUGAAAUCAAGGGGACCGGUCCGGAUGGUGGAGAUUCCGUUUCAGAAAGUGAUGAAGAAGACGUGCCUUUGUUUGGCGAUCUUUCUUUGGAUUCAAAGCUACAACAGAAGCUUGAGCAUAAAAUGAAGGUGAAAUUGGCCAAGAAUAUAAAGCUUCGAAAUAAGAAACUUGUUCGAAAGCGGCGGAUGAGAAAGAAGGGAAAAUGGCCUCCUUCAAAAGCCAGAAACCUCUGAUUUUUGUGCCUUGCAGAUUAAUCAAAUAGAAGUCCUAUAGCAGAAGUUCAGGCUAUUAUCCCAUGCUAAUGAUGCUUCAUAUUGUUGGUUGAAAAGUUUGGUGCAGCAUCCAUGGACAUGGUGAAUGAAGGCUCAGUUCCAACUGUCUUUUGUUGCUCGGCCGAGCCAUUACCUUGUAGAUGUUACUCGCUAUUUUCCAGAUUGCUAACCUUGUCUUGAAACACUUAUGUACAUGUCUUCAACUGAUUACCUUUAUUUAUGGAGCUUUACAUUUCCAAUUAAUUCUGAGCUACUAAA